UUGUCUAUACCGUACAUUUAAUCCAAUUUUUUACAGAUAUUAAAACUCUCGCGCUCUCUCGCAAUCUCACUCACGCACGCACGCGUUUGUGUUUCUCUGAAUAAAGUGUUUUAAUAUAUUCGUGUUUCUUUUCUAUCAGUUGCCGCCGCAACAUUAUUUUAAUAUUUAUCCACGUGUGCCAUCGCGAAUUAUUGCAUGCCACGCUACAAUUUAAGAAGUCAAAAAACACAUAACGCGAAUCCAUCGAAAAUGCCGAUUUCAAAUGAAGAUUCUUUUAGCGAUAACGAUGGAGACCGCCCAAUGGUCAUGCCAGACAACGCAGUUGCAGAUUUACAAAAACAAAUACGUCAGUUGCAACUAUCUUUGGAAGCCUCCGAAAAGGAGAGGUUAUCUCUGAAACAAACAAUCGCCUCGACAACUGCCGCUGUCGAUACCAAGAUUGCUGAGUCACUUGCCGACUCUUUUCAAGUCAGUGCUGCCGCACCUGUUAAGCCAAUGUAUGCCUAUACAAAUACAGCCGAUAAUUUUGCCUACUCAUUGCCACACAUGAGCUUUGCUAACGCCGCCGUUCUUGCCCCACCGAAUUCUAACGUCAACGCUGCCGACGUAUUUUUCACCCGUUCUAAUGCUUAUACAAAUUCCAACUACAACCCUACAUCAGCCCACCAGCAUAUGCCCAGCUAUAUGCAUCCUAUUACGCCUUAUUUGAAUGUCACCGCAGGUAACUUUUCGCCGAUUGUAAAUUUUGCUGAUAUUAAAUCUACAGCCGCCACAUCUUUAAACAAUACACAUUCGUCACCUAUGCAGAAUAAUAACACAUUAAUGUCGCCAAAUAACCAACAUUUUAUACGCAAACUUCAAGAUUUACCACAGUUUUCAGGCUCACCCGAAGAGUGGCCAAUGUUUAUCGUCGCCUUUAAAGAGACAACCAACAUGUUUGCAUACAGUAAUGUAGAGAACUUACUGCGCUUACAGAAAGCUCUUAAAGGAGAUGCCCGGUCAAAAGUUGAAUCGCUAUUAAUUCACCCUUCAAGUGUGAAUGCGGUGAUAUCUUCGUUACAGUUUCAUUAUGGACGACCUGAGCUACUAAUACGCAGCCAGCUCGCAAAAGUCAGAUCGUUUCCAUCAAUCACAAGUGGAAAAUUGCAUGAAAUCGCUAAUUAUAGUUCAAUGGUAACAAAUUUAGUCGCAUUUUUGGAGAACGCCAGUGCUGCACCUCAUCUUUCAAACCCAACACUUCUUGAUGAAUUGGUAAGUAAACUACCUAUUUAUAAACGGGAAGAAUGGGCACGUCAUACGUUUGCAAUAAACAAACCAUACCCAACAAUAUGUGAAUUUAGUUCAUGGUUACAACAGAUGUCAACAUACGUUGUAAUGGCAACAGAACUGAACACACCACACGUCAGUUUCGAACAACCAGCACGAAAAUGUAAUAGAUCACCAAAAACAGUGCUAUCCAUAUCUGAAGAAAAAUUAAAAUGUAUAUUUUGUAAAGGUAAUCAUCGAUUGUACCAAUGCAUGAAAUUUAAAGAAGUUCAUAACGACAAGCGAUGGGAAUUGUAAAAACAAAUCGCUUGUGUUUUUGUUGUCUUUCUCCAGGUCAUAAUGUUUAUAAUUGUACACGACGUCGUACAUGUGGUAUAGCAUCAUGCCAGAAAUAUCAUAAUAAAUUACUUCAUAAUCAAGUCGUUCAAAAUGCGAACAUUGGCAACUCCGUAUCUGCUGAAUCUGCUGUUGCUACUGUCAGCACUUGUCAGCCAUCCGUAAAUGAAGAGCUACCAUUGAUUAAAA